AUGUCCGAGCUGCAAUACUACUUGACCCCCAAGCGAGCAAUCGAACCGAUAUACCCAAAAGGGAACGCUUUCUGGCGAGGCAAUGAUAGGUUCCUCAUCAAAGGCAUCAACUACUUCGACCGCAAAUCCAAAGAUGGAAUAAGCAAACCGACGGUUCAUGACCCCAGGAUCGAUAUUCUCACAGAGGAGUACCUCCCAAAUCUACGCCGGGACAUCGAGGUCUUCCAGGAACUCGGGCUCAACACAGUCGCAGUGUCCUCUCUGGAUCCCUCGAGAUCUCACGACGCAGCGGUCAGAUUGCUCGCAGAAGCAGGCUUCUACGUCCUCGUCAAGAUCAGCGAGGAUAUUCGUGGUCCGGAACUGCCCAGGAACAAUGGCUCGUUCGACUCCGACUUCGACACUCAAGAGUACUACACCCUCGACCCCAUCACAGCCUCCCUGAAACUCGUCGACGAACUCGCAGACCAUCCGAACGUUCUGGGCAUCAUGGUCAGCGGCGACAGCCUCAGAUACACAAGCACGACCAAAAUUGCCGAAGUAAUCCACGCCCACAUCAGGGACAUCAAAGCCUUCCUCCGACAGCGUUGUGGUCGCCAAAUCCCUAUCGGCGUGACCAACUCCGAGCUCCUGAUGCUACGAGCGCCCGCCCUGAAGUACUUCACCGCCGGCUCACCUUCCGACCGAAUCGAUUUCUUCGCGCCGGACUCCUGGAGCUGGGCGCAUAAAUCCUCAUUCCAAAUCUCCGGGUGGAAGAACGUGGUGAAGGUGAUGAGUGAGGUGCCUGUGCCGAUGUUCCUGCGGCAGUAUGGGAGUUACGUGGGGAAGGAGAGGAUCUGGGAGGAAGUGGAAUGUCUCUAUUCGAGAGAUAUGACAGGUGUGUUUAGUGGGGGGUGUUUGUAUACGUUUUGUGAUCCGGGGCAUAGUGAUUACGGGAUCGUGGAGGUUGGUGAAGAUGAUGUGGUGAGGAGGAAGCCGGAAUUUGAGACGUUGAAGCAGAGGUUUCGGACUGUGAACUCGAGGUUGGAAGAGGAGGUCUUUGAGGAGGCUGUGGGUGAUUAUGAAGGUUGGCGGGGCGAGUUUCCGGAGACUAAAGAGAAUCGGUGGAUGGCGACGGGAAACAUGCCCCAAUUUCCUGGCGAUUGGGGCGAAGUUGUGUCGAAGAUCCAAACCGCUCAGGACCAGGGAGUGCCGUACAUCCACCAAUGUGACCGUCCCUGA